UGCGAGUGAGACUCGGUGUGCAGAGCACUUCUCAUAAUGUUUGGUUUUCCGGAUGGAAUGUCCACAUCACUGGGAUCUCCGGGAAAGGGAGAGGUGAAAGAGUGAAGACUUUUUAUUCUCUGAGGAUUUUUUAAAGGACAGAGGCCAACAGGACAGCACAGACUUAAGCUCCUGCUUGUAAAAGAGAGAGAAUACCACAAGUUACAGGAGAAGAAAAGUGAAAAAGAAGUAUCAACUCUCAAGGACGAGCUGAACAAGUUGAAGGCUUUUGCACUGCUGGUUGUUCGGGAGCAACAGAGUCUGAGCGAGCAGCUGGAGGCACAUCGCUGUCGUGUCAAAGAACUGACUGCCAUCACUGACCACAUCGAGCAGGAGGUCAGUGCUGCUCACCCCAGUGCAAAGAAGGCAGAGCACACGUCUCUGCACCUUGAGGUGGAGCUCAACAGCCCGGUUUCUUUUUUCAAUCGCAGCCAGAACACCAUGACGGCCCCGAGCCUGCUGUCAGAGGUCGAGCUGCUGAGAAGGAGGGUCGUGGAAAUGGAGGGAAAGGACGAGGAGCUGAUACGCAUGUGGGACCAGUGUCGUGACCUCGACCGUAGACUGGGGAGGGAGACCAGCUACUGCCGCAGCCUGAAAGUGGAGGUGGAUAAACUGACGGGCCGAAUCAGUGAAUUGGACAGGAUAGAGGGGGCUUUAGGGAAGAGCAAACAAGACUGCAGUAUCCUGAUGGGCAGCUUGGAGCAAGAGAGGGAGGUUAGCAAGAGGCUGUCUGCUGAGCUCAACACUCUGAAAGUUAGGGUGAAAGAGCUUGAGGCUGUUGAAAGCAAACAGGAAAAGAGUGAAGCAGUGAUUAGACAAGACCUCGCCAAGCUCAGAUCACUGACUGUAGCUUUGGUGGAGGACAGAAAGACUAUGGCAGAGAAGCUCAAACAGGCUGAGGAAAAACUGAACAGGAAGGAAGGCAACAGGAAUGAGCAAAGCAAUUUGGCAACAAUGACAGAAAGACUGAAAGAGGAGAUGCAACAGGCACUGGGGUGUAAGGCAGAGUUAGAGGGAAGGAUUAGGGACAUGGGAAAGGAAAAAGAAGAGCUCCAGGGCCGACUUAAAGCAGAGGAGGAGAGGAACAGAGAGCUGCAGAGUAAAAUGACCAUAAUGAGAAGUAGGCUACAGGUGUUGGAAAACAGGAAAGAAAAGGAACAAAAGUACACACACAGUUCUGUUCCUAACAACACCAACCAUCGGUGCCAAACAGAGGACAACAAAGUCAAAGAACUGACCCAGGAGCUUGACAGGCUGCGAAAGAGACUACAGGACAAGGAGGCGUUGGAGGGAGAACUGAUGCAGGUGGAGGAGGACUUUGAGUCCCUGCAAAAGAGGUUCAAGGAUGAGCAGAGAAGGUCCCAGGCUCUAACAGAGGAGCUUCAGGCGUCCAAGAGGGAGCUUUCGAGAUACGAGCAGGCGGAGAAGCAAGACGUCAACCAGGAGCACCUCCUCCUUUGCCGUCUUCAGAAGGAGCAGGUGAGGUCUAGACUUUUGGGCAGGGAGGUGGACUCUCUGAAGGAGAAACUCCAGAAGCUGAUGGGAACCGAGGAGUCAAUCUGCAGGGUUCAGACCGACCACUCGACGCUGCAGAGGAAGCUGACCUUGCAGGAAGGAAGGAACAGGGAGCUGGCAAAAGACAUGAAGGAACUCAGCAGUGAGCUCGACAGGUACAGACAAAAGAAGAACCUUUCACCUGGUGCGAAUGGACAACACUUCUCCGACCUUCAUCAGACCACCAAAGAGGUGCAAACGGAUCCAGCAGAUAGCCUGCCUCCUUACAGCGAUCAAAGCAAGAGAGCAGAAGAAGAAAAGCAGGAGGAGGACCUAAACCACAAUGAGGCGGUCUCAAACAGAAGAAGCUCUCUUGUCAACAACCUCAACAGCCUAAACACUGCAAAUAACAACAUUAUCCAAUACAGCAAUCAAUCAGCCAAUGGCAUGGAUAUGCACCAAACUGCUAAUGGUGAGCUGAUGACGUUGACACACACGCCAGGGCAGCCCUUGCACAUUAAAGUAACACCUCACCAUAUCCUCAACACAGCCACACUUGAGUUCAGCAGCCCAACAGGAGAUGCAGCUACGUCCUACACCAGCACUGCCGUAAUUCCAACAAGCGGAGCCUCGCCUAAGCAGAGAAUCACCAUCAUCCAGAACUCCUCUCCUCUCGCAGUUAACACUAAGACCCCGCCUUCAAGCCCAGACUGCAGAGUCUCCCCCACAAUCUCUCGGAUGCUGAGCACAAAUUCUCCACGCUCUGCGACCCCCGACCAAAACAGCUCCCCGAUUCAGAUCGUGACAGUCCGGACCUGUUCUCCAGAGCCGGAGGAGGUCGCCAAUCAGACCACGGUCUACUGCAAGACACCGGAGCGUCAGAACAGCUGGCAGUAUCAGAGGUCCAGCAGUGUCGACACGAGUCCAAAUAUCAUCACCACAGAGGACAACAAGAUCCACAUCCAUGUGGGGAGUCCAUAUAUCCAGUCUGUGAGCGGUAUGACCCACAGUAUGCAGCAACCAGUCGGGUCGUACUAUCUCCGACAUGAGCAACAGACACAAGUGCUCGCCAAUGGCUGUCAUGUAAAAGGUGUUGGCAAAAUUACAAGUAGCAUCACUAUUUCCCCUUCUACCUCCUCAGCUUCACACUCCUCUAAUAUAACAGGUCAAACUACACACUGCACACAUCAAGCUCUCCAAAAAGAAGAAGAAAAAAAGACUCCUGUGUUCAUUAGCCAUAUUCUUAAAAUGAAUAAAGAGAAACUUGCUGGGAUGGAAGAGGUUUGUGUGUUUAGCUUGAUCACCCACACAGCCAAAUUUAACACAACUGUGCGUGUGUGUGUGUGUGUGUGUGUGUGUGUGUGUGUGUGUGUGUGUUUGUAGGUGUGCAACCUUCGCCUAAUAUGCACUGGAAAACUCGGCUCAUUUUUUCUGACACAAUAAAAACACCUAGAGGUGAUGGGGCUGUUCGGGUUUAAUGAUGGUUGAAUUACUUAAAGCUUUAGCUAUUUUGAGUACAGACUAUAAACCUCAAAUGGAAUCAUGGUCCUAAUAUAUUUACCAUUGGCAACUAAUGGAUGAAUACACUUUAACUACUGCAUAAAAACAUUGAAAUUAUGCUCAGCUUCUCCUCAUUAUUUACUGUAAAAUAAAAAUAAUCCAAGCACAAAAAGGCUUUUCAUUGCUGGUCAGUCUCGUCUUGUUAUGAGCACAUAAUCUCAUGCAAGCUUAACCCCUUAAUGAAGAGAUAUAAUCUUUAUUAUCAUUGUAUGCAAGGACACAACAAAACUUUGUUAGCAGCAAUUCUAUACAGCAGCGUUUACAAAAACAAAAAGAUAUUUGUGGUGAUAUGAAAAAGAAAUAUGCAAAAAGUGGCCAGAGCAAUUGCUGUUCAGUGAAUGAAUGAUAAUAAUAAUAAAUAAA